UUCCCCGCCUCCCCUCUCACCCAAGGGGUUGGUUUUCGGCCUGAGGGUCGGAAGAGUUCCAACUGCCUGCAAAACUGACGUCGACGUGCUAGAACGCGCGUCCGAGUUCUCGUGUCCAACCUGAUCGAGAUUCCCAAAGAUGUCAACUCAAGGCCAUACCUGGGCCCAACAGGUGAAGAAGGAGGAUGAGAAGGAGGACCCCCUGGACCGGCUGAUCUCCCGUUCUGGCUGUGCUGCUUCCCAUUAUGCAGUACAGGAGUGCAUGGCCCAACACCAGGACUGGCGCCAGUGUCAGCCGCAGGUACAGGCCUUCAGGGACUGCAUGAGUGAACAGCAGGCAAGGCGGCGGGAGGAGCUGCAGAGGAGGAAAGAGCGAGGCCAUCCCAUCACUGAGUCUCCAAACCGCCUAUCCCCAGAGAAUGACCCUGCAGAACCUAGCACCCAGAGAGAUCCCGGGAAGAAGUCCUGAACAGCAGAAGGCCAAGAGGUAUAAAACUCGGGAAUUAUCUUCAGCUAAGACUGACGUUGAAAGCUCGGCAGCCAUGGGUUUGGACAUGACUGCUGUAAAGAGCUGUGAUAUUUUCAUGGUGAGAUACCACACAUCUUCACCAAUAUUGAAUAUUGACUGGUAUUUGCUAAGUAAAACAAAGAGUGGGGUUAAUGGAUGGUCUUCUGUCCUACAUCUUGGGUCAGUGUGCCAAGUACUGAUUACAUGGACGCUUAAUUUGAAAAGUAAAUUCACAAUCUAAAUAUAAAUUGGUUACCUG